AUGGGUAAGUUAACUCGACUUUCUGUCUUGGAUCUGAGUCAUAAUCACAUCACAGGAGAAAUACCACCUGAGUUCAGAAGUUUUCAGAGCCUAGAGAUAUUGGAUAUUUCCCAUAACAAUCUCUCUGGUUUCCUUCCAAAUGCUUUGGCUGAACUGCCUGGUUAUUUGCAUAUUGACAUAUCUUUCAAUAAUUUAGAAGGUCCAAUUCCUUAUGGCAGAGCCUUUAAAAAUAUCACCAUAGAAGAAUUGAGGGGAAACAAAGGUUUGUGCGGUAAUAUUACUGGUUUACAAGCAUGUAGAAGUCCUCAAUUGAGUAUGAAGCGUGUAAAGGAUAAGGGGUUGAAUCUUGUUCUCGUAAUUGUGCUCCCACUUCUAGGAUCGCUAAUUCUUCUUUGUGCAUUCUUUGGAGCCCUUAAAAUAUGUCGACAAAGGGAAAGAAAAACCACAGAGAAUGUAGUGGAUGCUGAUUUGUUUUCCAUAUCAACAUUUGAUGGCAAAGCAAUGUACAGAGAAAUAUUAAAAGCAACAGAAGAUUUCAGCGAAAUAUUCUGCAUUGGGGAAGGAGGUUAUGGAAGUGUUUACAAGGCAAUGCUCCCACCUGGUAACUUGGUAGCUGUAAAGAGACUUCAUCUGCUGCCGGAGAAGGUGUACUUCAACAGUUUCUUAAAUGAGAUAAGAGCCUUGACAAACAUCAAGCACAGAAACAUUGUUAAACUCUGCGGUUUCUGCUCAAAUUCCACAAACUCCUUUUUGGCCUAUGAGUACCUUGAGCGAGGUAGCUUGGCCAAAAUUUUCAGCAUGGAAGAAGAAGCUAAGGAACUAGACUGGGAAAAGAGGGUGAACAUCAUCAAAGGCGUGGCUCAUGCCCUAUCUUACAUGCAUCAUGAUUGCACGCCUUCAAUAGUUCAUCGGGACAUUUCAAGCAACAAUGUGUUGCUUGAUUCAGAAUAUGAGGCUCGUGUUUCAGACUUUGGCACUGCUAAAUUUCUCAGGAAGGAUUCAUCUAACUGGACUACUCUUGCUGGCACAUUAGGAUAUGUCGCGCCAGAGCUUGCUUAUACAAUGAGUGUCACUGAAAAGUGUGAUGUUUAUAGCUUUGGGGUCCUGACAUUGGAAAUAAUCAAAGGGAAGCACCCUGGUAAAUUAGUUGUCCAUCUGUUGUCUUCAACACCUGGAGAUAUAGAACUAAAAGACUUGUUGGACCAGAGACUUUCGCAUCCCACACAAGAAAUUGAAAAGAUUCUGAUAUCAACCGUCAAACUAGCAAAGGCAUGUUUACAUGUGAAUCCAAAAUCUAGGCCAACUAUGCACAUUGUUUCGAGUUUGUUACCUGUGGGUGCACCAUGA